CAAUACAUGUCUGGGGUGUGAUUUCUGACUUCUUUUUUUUUUUUUCUCAGAAAUUAGCCUUCAUCUUUCUUUGCCCACUGCCUGUGUCAGUUCUGUUCAGCCAGUGGUUGAAGUCAUCCAAGGUCAUGAUGGUGAUUCUGGGGAUUUUGGUGGCUGUUGCUGUGUUUCUGGAGACGGUCUCUGCGACCUCUCUUGGUGUGGUGUACACAGAGGGAGGAAUGGUGGAGGGUGAAAACAUUUAUAUUGGCUCUGGCCAUUACAUGGAUGUCUUUAAGGGGGUUCCCUUUGCUGACAUUCCUGGAAGGUUUGAAAAACCUAGGGGUCACCCUGGCUGGGAUGGUAUUUUGAAGGCCACGGAGUACGGGCAGGAAUGCCUUCAGGUGAACAGUUUCGUCAAUGGCACCACUGGUAGUGAAGACUGUCUCUAUCUUAACAUCUGGGUUCCUCAUGGCAGCACAGUGUCCAGUGAUCUGCCUGUCAUGGUUUGGAUCUAUGGAGGAGGAUUUAUGUCUGGAAACUCAAUGGGUUAUUACUCGGAUACUAAUCUUUACAGCGGCCAGCAGAUCGCAGAAAGAGGAAAUGUUAUUGUGGUGACGCUGGCAUACCGUGUGGGAGCUCUGGGCUUCCUGAGCACUGGAGACUCCGGUCUGCUUGGAAAUUAUGGUCUGUGGGACCAGCAGGCUGCCAUCGCCUGGGUGCACAGAAACAUCCGCUCAUUUGGAGGAGACCCUGACAACAUCACCAUCUUUGGAGAGUCUGCAGGUGGAGCUAGUGUCAGCUUCCAGACUCUAACUCCCCACAACAAAGGACUGAUCAAGAGAGCCAUUACCCAGAGUGGGGUCGCACUUUGCUCCUGGGCUGUCAACAGAAACCCCCGCUGGGCCGCUGAGGAGAUUGCUUUGAGGGUCAACUGCCCAACCGAUCACAAUAUGGCAGCUUGUUUGAAGAUGACUGAUCCUGAGCAACUUACAAUGGCAGGCUUCUUCGAUCAGACCAGUUCCCCUGAUGACCCCAUGAUACGCAAAAUGUACCUGAUUCCUGUGAUUGACGGUGACUUCCUGCCGGAUGAGCCUUCCAGCUUGUUCCACAAUGCGGCUGACAUUGACUACAUGGCUGGAGCCAAUGACAUGGAUGGAUUUACCUUCACUACUUAUGAUGUUCCAUCAAUUAACUCUGACCAGGUGGACACCCCGAUAGGGGAUGUGAAGAGACUCUUGGUUUCCUACACGAAGGACAAGGGUGCAGCUGGUUCAGAAAAAGCCUUCUCCACAUACACCUCAACUUGGGAAACUAAUCCCAGCCAGAAGACCAUCAAGAAAACUGUUGCAGAAAUUGGAACAGACUACAUGUUCCUGGUUCCUACACAGGCUGCACUUUACCUUCAUGCUGCUAAGACCAUAACUAAACACACCUACUCCUACCUCUUCUCUGAGCCCAACCUUAUGGCUGGCAGGUUUUACCCCAGCUGGAUGGGAGCUGACCACUUUGAUGAUGUGCAGUAUGUGUUUGGAAGGCCUUUCACCAAAAUGACGGAGUACUUGCCUCAACAUCGUGAUGUCUCUGGCCACAUGAUCGCCUACUGGACCAACUUUGCCAAAACUGGAGAUCCAAAUGAAGGAGGCCUGGAAGUGCCUGUGACCUGGCCCAAAUUCACCAGCACUGGACAACAGUAUCUGGAGAUUCAUCAUGACAUGGACCAAAGCUAUGUAAAGGAGAAAAUGAGGCUGCGUUAUGUGCAUUUCUGGACUAGUGUUUUGCCCAACCUUCCCUCAGUCUUCUCAUAAUAAAGAGAUCCAACCACAAUGAGGAUGGGAAGACGAUACAAACUGGACAUGAAGACCUGCAGAGACACUAAAAUGGCUUUUGACAAUUUUCCAGUUCUGCAAAUAAAUGAAAAUCCACUAAGGAA